AUGAUAAUAGCAUGGCGUGCAACUUAUGCGGGUUUGGGGCCGACUAGCCCUGUACACGAUAUGCCCAACACAGUUGAAGCCAUGAUAGCUCUAGCAAUUUACACAAAUGGAUGUCUAUCAGCUGCCAUAAUUGUGAACGAAACCAAGCAAAACAAGAGCCCAAAAAUCCUAAUCCCCAAAGCAGCUUUUUUUACCAUGUUUUCCCUCUUGGAUCUACUCAAUACAGAAAGCGUCGGCCUAGGCCUCCGCCGCCCACUUCCACCUCCACCGCCAGUUUCGCCGCUAGUUUCUGGGCCACCCAGAUCAGUCUUGGCCACUAUUGCCAUAGGCUCUGCUACAACAGACCAGUUCACAAUAGCCGGAUGA